AAAACGUAUUUUGACAUCUUAAUGGAUUAUACAAAUCGUAAAGAAAGGUUAACAAGAGAUAAGAUUUGCAAUAAUGUACUAACGAUGUUAUUAACGGCCAGUGAAUCAAUCGCUACUACAAUGAAUUUUGUUAUCUUCAUGUUAGCAAAUUAUCCAGAAAUACAAGAAAAAGCACAUAAAGAAUUGUUGGAAAUUUAUGGCACAGAAACUGUAAACUCUGCACCAGUUAAAUACAACGAUUUACAAAAUAUGCAUUAUUUGGACCGAGUUAUCAAGGAAACUCUAAGAAUUUUCCCUCCUGCCCCAUUAAUUGCACGAAAAGUAAUGGAAGAU